AUGAACCAAAGACGAUCUGUUAGUCUCGAAUCCAAAAAGCAUCUUACCAAUUCAACUUUUAGAACUACUUAACUCUCAACUCCUAAAUAAGACUUAAAUACCUACAAACCAUUUUCUCCUUCUAAAGAAGCCAAACUAUAAUUAUUCAGAAAAAUUUUCCAUGUGAAACCAACCAAAACAUCUACAGUUAUGAAUUUUUAUGACGUUGAUACUGUUACACCUGUGGUGUGUUAAUCAGCAUAAUUGGAUAAGUAUGACUUCCCUAAUUGGUUAAAAGGAAGGACAGAUUUCACUAAGCUUCGAAAAUCUAAAUACUUCGAUUAUCAUCUUAAAGUCUUUUCAAUCUGUGAAUAAGAUCCAUUCAAGAGGUCAGAAGAAUUGAAAGAAGUUGUUGCUAAUUAUCUGGCUAAGCUAGAUUUUUUUCGAUUGAUGCCCAUGCAAAUGUUGAAGCAGAUAUCUGGUAGAUUGUUUGCAAAAUCAUAUGAAGAGAAUGAAAUUAUUUGUAAUAAAGGUGAUAAAGGCGAUUGCAUGUUUGUAAUUUUUGAUGGAUUCGUUGAAGUAAUAGGAAAAAACAAAAAAUUGGGGCCUAAAAAUAUAAUAGGUAGAAAUGCUUUAGACAAUGAUUAACCUAGAAAUGCUACAUUGAAAUCAAUUGGUUCAUCUCAUUUACUAAUCUUAAAUCGAAUUGAUUACGUUACAAUCCUUAAUAACAUUAUGAAGUCAGAAAGUGUAAAAUAGGAACAAUUUAUUAGAAGUCUCUAAUUAUUUGCCCAUUUUUCUGAGGAAAAACUAAAAAAGUUUUGCAAUGCUCUUUAAGGCAAAUAUCUAACUCCUAAUGAGAACUUAUAUAGUGCUGGUGAUUUGGUUGAUCAUCUUUAUAUAGUUAAACAUGGGAUUCUAGCAAAGACUGUAGUUAUGGACUUAGAGGACUAAAAUAGAUGGCCAAUAAAUUAAAAAAAGUGGAUGAGUCAAACCAUCACAAGAACUUUAUCAUUUAACAUAGAAUAUAAAGCAGGGUCAUUAGUUGGUUAUUAUGAUAUUUUGGAUUCUGAAUUUGAUUCAGACAGAAAAAGGAAUGAAACCAUUGAUGCGAAAACAGAUUGCUUUUUGUUGUUCAUAUCUAAAUCAUAAUUUUUUCAUGUAUUUCAAUAAACUGAUUUGCAAUAUUUUCAUAAUUACCAUGUGCAGAACAAUCCUUUGACAUUUGAAUAAUUGGUUAAAAGUACAAGACAAAAAGAAAGCGAAUAAAAGUAAAAAGUCUAAAUAGUAACAGAUGCAAUCUAUUCUCAUCUAAGAUAAUAUUCAUUUGAUUAUAACACUCUAAAGAUUAAGGAAAAGAAAUAUGAUCAGGUUAAAUAAAAUUAAGUUAAUGCUUCGAAAGAAUUUAAUAGUUAAUACAAAAUAAUAAGGAGGGAUAAACAUCUCAAAAUAUUAACUUCGCAAUAUGAAUGA